UGCAGGAACCACAAGCCCCCAGAAUAUAUUAGAAUAAUAAUAAUAGAAAGGUCUCCCCCCAGCCCCGUUUUUGUCCCCCUGGAAGGAGGGGUGGAGAGCAGAGCAGCGCGGCUGCCGGCGGGCGGAUCGAUGCGGAGCCGCUGAGGCACCGCGGCCGGCCCCAGCUCCCCGCCGGCACCGCGGCCGCAGCCGGCAGGACGAGCGCAGCCUCCCCGCGGAGAGGCCAGGGAGAAGGAGAUCUGACUUGUGGAAGGACUUCAGUCUGGGCUGUUAUUCUUGGAGGACUGGGGAAAUGUGGGCAUAUCCUCCCUGCCUUUAGAGCAUGCACCUGAAGACACCUUUCAGGAGGCUGUGAGGGCUGCUGAAGAUGUCCGAUAGUCUGGAUAUUGAAGAGAAACCUCCAGCUCCACCGUUGAGAAUGAACAGCAACAAUCGCGAUUCUUCAGCAUUAAACCACAGCUCAAAACCGCUUCCCAUGGCCCCCGAGGAGAAGAACAAGAAAGCCAGGCUGCGCUCCAUCUUUCCAGGAGGAGGGGAUAAAACCAACAAGAAGAAAGAGAAAGAACGUCCUGAGAUCUCUCUUCCUUCAGACUUUGAACACACCAUUCAUGUGGGAUUUGAUGCCGUCACUGGAGAAUUCACAGGCAUUCCAGAACAGUGGGCCAGGCUACUACAGACCUCCAACAUAACAAAACUGGAGCAGAAGAAGAACCCACAGGCUGUUCUAGAUGUUCUCAAAUUUUAUGAUUCGAAAGAAACAGUUAACAACCAGAAAUACAUGAGCUUUACGUCAGGAGAUAAAAGCGCCCAUGGAUACAUAGAAGCCCAUCCGUCGAGCACAAAAACAGCAUCAGAACCUCCUCUGGCUCCCUCCGUGUCUGAAGAAGAGGAUGAAGAUGAUGAAGAGGAGGAAGAUGACAAUGAACCUCCGCCUGUUAUCGCCCCGCGGCCUGAACACACAAAAUCAAUCUACACACGCUCUGUUAUUGAACCUGCCGCUGCACCAGCACCAGCUAAAGAAGCCACCACUCCCCAGCCUGAAAACUCAAACACAAACACCCUGUACAGAAACACAGACCGGCAGCGAAAAAAGUCCAAGAUGACAGAUGAGGAGAUCCUAGAGAAACUGAGGAGCAUUGUGAGCGUGGGAGAUCCUAAGAAGAAAUACACUCGAUUUGAAAAAAUUGGCCAAGGGGCUUCAGGAACUGUUUAUACAGCGAUUGACAUCGCCACAGGACAAGAGGUGGCUAUAAAGCAAAUGAAUCUCCAACAGCAGCCCAAAAAGGAACUAAUUAUCAAUGAAAUCCUGGUCAUGAGGGAAAAUAAGAAUCCCAAUAUUGUUAACUAUUUAGACAGCUACCUUGUUGGUGAUGAACUAUGGGUGGUGAUGGAGUACUUGGCUGGAGGCUCUUUAACCGAUGUUGUCACCGAGACAUGUAUGGAUGAAGGACAGAUUGCUGCUGUCUGUCGGGAGUGCCUGCAAGCCCUGGAUUUCCUUCAUUCCAACCAGGUUAUCCACAGAGACAUCAAAAGCGACAACAUUCUUCUUGGGAUGGACGGAUCUGUCAAAUUGACUGAUUUUGGCUUCUGUGCUCAGAUCACCCCUGAGCAGAGUAAACGGAGCACAAUGGUGGGGACUCCUUACUGGAUGGCACCAGAAGUUGUAACAAGAAAAGCAUAUGGCCCCAAGGUGGACAUCUGGUCACUUGGGAUCAUGGCAAUAGAAAUGGUGGAAGGAGAACCUCCUUACCUUAACGAAAAUCCUCUCAGGGCACUGUAUCUGAUAGCUACAAACGGGACACCGGAGCUGCAGAACCCAGAGCGACUCUCGGCCGUGUUCCGAGACUUUCUUAACUGCUGCCUGGAGAUGGACGUGGACAGGCGAGGGUCUGCCAAGGAACUUCUGCAGCAUCCAUUUUUAAAAUUAGCCAAGCCGCUCUCGAGCCUGACUCCUCUGAUCAUUGCAGCGAAGGAAGCAAUUAAGAACAGCAGCCGCUAGCACUGCAGGUCGGCUUUCUGCCCUGCCAGCUCAGAGCAGGACUGAGAACACAAACUCUGUAAAACCUCAACUCUCAUGCUGCGGGACAGAUGGAUGGAUGAGCAAACCAACGGUCACAGUCAUGGGGGUAGGACCACCCCAGUUCCUCAAGGAGUAAAAAAAUUAUCAUUUGUCUUCUUCCUGCUUUCUGGCUCCUUAAUUUAUUUUUAAGAUGAAUCGGGGCUAAGGACAGAGAGGUAAUGACAGAAAAUGCUUUGCUGCCUCAAUCAUUUCCAAGGUAAAGCAAAUUCAGUUGGAAGAUUCCCUUCCUUCUCACCCUGUGAAUAAGCUGUACAUUCACUUUUAGAUUGUCAGUUCUUUCUUAACGAUGUAAAGUCGUGUUUAUGGGGUUUUUGGUAUGGUUUGGAAUUUGAGAAGGGCAAUUCUUCAUUCACCAACUCCAGACUGCCUUUUGAAUACAGCCCACUUGCCAGUUUCUGCCCAGUUGUGGUACUUCUACAUGAGGAAGAAAGUGCAAUGGCAUUUCCAACAAAAAAGGAAUGAAGAGUGGGACAGACAGAACAUCUUGUGGAGACAAGGCAUUCAGCUGGGACUGUGUAGUGGUUUGUUUCUUGCCAGCUGGAUUUGUACCCCUAACUGCAAUCUCUUUGCCCGGGUGAGAGUCUUACUCAGCUGAAACAGCAGAACAAUUAGUUGGUUCAAACCUGAACCUCAGAACAGGUUUGUCUGAUGCAAAGCUGUCAAAGCAAUGUGAGGGGAGAGUGGGCCCAACCAUUCCUGGGGCUGAGCCCCAGCAGAGCCCUGGCAGAGCCCAGAGCAACCUGAGCAUUGGCAGGCUGGAAGGAGGUGCUGGUAGCAGCAAGUGGCAGCAGCCUGACCAUGGGUGCCUCUUCCUGGACAGGACUAAUCCUCCUGUCUCAGAGCCAAACUGGCUGGGGGCUGUUUUCCAGGGAAAUCGUGGCCACGCUGAGAAAUGCACAGCCUGGUGGGAUUGGCCAUCCUGAGUCUCUGCAGGAGUAGAGAAGAGCAAACACAGCAGAGUGGUGGUGUUGCUUCUGAGGGUGCCUGUUCUUCUCCCAUCUAUCUUGUAGCUCCUGGGAAAGAUUCCUAGUGUCUGCAGAAUUCUCAGCAGAGGGGGAGGGGACCAGACUGCUCUGCAGGCUUCUGCACAGGUGAGCAUCCUUUAAACACAGGAGUUCUGCCUUGGGAACCAAGACUAAUGCAGGGAACAACCUGCACAGUUCAGAUCUGCAGGAGCCAGUGCAGCAGCCAGCUCUGGAAGAAAGCACCUUAAAACCUGGAGCUCUGCACUGAGCAAGAACAAAGGUGUGAAAUGCAAAGUGGAAUUAAUUGCAGAAUUACUUGGAGGCACCAGACCAGCCUGCUUUCUGCUGUCCUAUGUAUGACAAGCACUGUGCAGUGAAGCUCUUGAGUUCCUGCAAGAGAUGGAAUUGGGGAUGUGCCUGUUUGACUAGUCAGCAGAUUUGGAAGGGAGCAGAAUACUUUCAGUAUGCAAUUUGUGUUUUAUUUAUUUGUUUCUGAAAGACACAGUGUGGCUUCACUCAGUAAAAGCAUUUGCAUGGCGCAUUUGUUGCUGUAUCUUAGGAGUACAACUCAUGCAAGACCUUCAAAACAGCAACUGAAGCAGCAUGCACCCAGUGAGCAAAAAAGACCCUCACAGUAAAACAGCUUUCUGCUAUAGAUCUUCACGUUGGCCUGAUCCUGCAAAGGGUUAAAUAGCCUUUAAGGCUCUCACCACCUUCAUGUCUGGCCAGCAGGAAUGAAGGAUGCUUGGGCUGUUCUUGAAUCAGGCCAGGAGCAUAUCUAGCUUUGGCAUUCUCUUGAGUUGCAGUCUUUGUGUGGCAAGUGUCCUUACUGCUGCUGCUCUCGCUCAUGCUGGCCACUAGUGUCCUUGGCAGAGGGAACCCUCCUUGAGUUACCACAGCUAAGUAGAAAUUAACUUUUCUUCAUUUCCUGGAGAACACAACAGGUCCAGUUUUUCAGAUGGCCAAAUAACACACCGAGGCGAGCAGCUCUGGUUUCCUGGGCUGGGGGAACGUCGGGAGGAGCUGAGGGAGCUGCCAGGAGCCCACAGCUGGAGCGGCAGUGGUUAACAGGAGCUGGAGCAAUGGCUGCCAAGCUUUACCCUCAUAAAAGAAGCUCCUGGGCAGUGAGAGUGGCCAGGACAGGCUAACAGGCCGUAGCACAGCAGAUGGUACAGAAGGGUGUGCAGGAAGGUGCACACAUUGCCAGCUUGACCAGGGAGCAACGGUGUCCACCCAGCAGAAGGCCAUGGCUUCUCCAAGUUCUGCACCCACCACAACCCAUGCAGCAGCAGACAGAGCUCUGGUGGGAUCGGGCUGCCAGCCAGGUGUCAGCUGCAGGCUGUGCCCUGCUCUUAGGCCAGUCCUGGUGGCAGCAGCAGCAUGAGUACAGCUGUGGGACAUGCCUGGGGAGAGGAACUCCUCCACUUUGGGCCAGAGCUAUACCAGAAAGCAAAUGGGGCAGGAAUUUCCAAGCUUACUGAGCCCCUUUCUAUCAUUUACCAGCAGUCCUGGCUAAGUGGGAGAUCCCAUGGUGAUUGAACUAUGGCAGAUGUGACAUUGAUCUACAUGAAGACCUGGAAGGAGAAUCUUGGAAACUACAGGUCUGUCACCCUGACCUCAGUGCUGGGAAAAGUCAUGGGGCAGAUCAUCUGGAGUGCCAUCACAUAAAGAACAACCACAGGAUCAGGUCCAGCUUGUGUGGGUUUGUGCUAACUGGUGCUGCCUGACCAGCCUGAUCUUUCACAAGAGGUGACCUGCCUAGGGCAUGAGGGGAAAGGCUAUGGAUGUGUCUCCCUGGAAUUUAGUAAAGCCUGUGUCAGUGUUUCCCACACCUUUUUCCUGGAGAAACUGGCUGCUCAUGGCUUGGGAAAAAAUACUGUUCUCUGGGAAAAAAAAAAACCUGGAUGGAUGGCUGGGCCCAGAGAGUUUUGGGGAAUGGAGUUAUAUCCAGCUGGGGCUGUCAGUAGUGGUGCACCAGGGCUGGGUAAUGGAACCAGUUGUGUUCAAUAUCUGUAUCAGUGAUCUGGAUGAGGGGAUCAAGGGCACCCUCAGGUAACACCAAGCUGGCAGUGUUGAUGUGCUGGAGGACAGGAGGGAUCUGGACAGUCUGGAUUGCUGGUCCAAGGCCAGCUGGAUGAGGUUCAACAAGGCAAAGUGUCAGAUCCUACACUUGGGUCACAACAUCCCCCUGCAGCUCCAGGCUUGGGAAAGAUUGGCUGGAAAAUGCCUGGUGGGAAAAGACCUGGGAGUGCUCGUUGAAAGCAGCUGAGCACGAGCCAGCAGCUUUACAACUACCUGAGAAGAGGUUGGAGCAAUGGGGAAAUCAGUCUCUUUGCCCAAAUAGCAAGCAAUGGGACAAGAGGAAGUGGCUGCAAGGAUGGUCAAGCACUGGAACAGGCUGUGCAGGGUUGAGUCACCAUCUCUGGAGGGAUUUAAAAGAUUUGUAGGUAGGGCACUUGGAGACAGGUUUAUUGGUGGGCUUGGCAGUACUGGGUUGAUGGCUGGACUCCAUGAGCUCAGAAGUCAUUUCCAACAUGAAUGAUUCUGUUCUGCUUAGAAGACUUUGUUUCUCUUGUGAGGUCCCAUUUUUGUCUGUCAGCUCAAGAUCUGUGUCUGUAGGAGAAGCUUCCUUGCAAAAGAGUAAUUUGGGCUGUAGAUGGGCUGCCCUCAAUGUGUGAAGCAUUCAGCAGAAUGAAAUAUGUUUGUAUUCCUGUAAGAAGUGAAGAAAUGAGUGACAGUUUCUGUUUCCAGUAUGUAUUUUAUUUUUCCUAUCCACAAAAGAACAGACAGCCAUCCUUUAAAAGGAAAGCACUUUGUUAUGGCACAUGUUUGCUGGACAUACAGUCUAAAUACUUCUGUUGACAAACUACUCUAUUUGAUUGGGGAAGGGGGGAAUUUCCUAUUUAUUUCCUUUACCUAGAAGUAUUUCAGCAUCUCUACUUCAAAAAAAAAAAAACCCACCACCAUAACUUUCCAGAAGUUAGCAGGUAUGAAAAAUAAGGAAAUCAAAUGGUAGCUUUUUAUUCUAAUCAGUGUAUGCCUCAGCAUACAGAAUAUUGUUGACACUGACUUUUUAAAGACAGCUGCUGUCCUAAGAGGCCUUACUUUUAAUUUUAUUAAAUAUAUUCCUUUUUCUUUGCAUCAGAAAAUUUAGAGAUUUUAAUUUUAAAACCAAUUCCUGGGAGGCAGACAACAUUCAGCAGAAAUAAUCUCUGCCUGUGGCUGUUUUCAGCACAGACUGUACCUGCCCAGCUGAGACUGUAUGACAUGCAGGGAACGUACCUCCAGUAUCCCUGUGGCUCUGUGCUUGGACAGCCUGGUGUUGAUUCACACUCACUGAUACUGAAAGAUGGCAGCAAUGUUUGUAUCCUCCCAGCCUGAAUAUUAAAUGUAGAAAAGACACAAGUAUUUUUAAAAAACCCAACAACACAAACCCACACAAAUCCAGUCCUGUGGAGGUCAAGUCUUGUGCAUUAUUUAAAGGCUCACAGAGUAUAUUAGGACUGACAAUAGCAUUGGCCUUGCAGAAAAGAAAGAAACAAAUCCUGUAAAAGCUCUGGAGCCACCUCGGGUUUUCUGGCUGCUAUCCUCAGAUCAGGCAAUUAGUUAUAUAUAUAUUAGAAGUAUUAGAAAUAGUCUGUUUCUGUUACAAAAUGAAAACUAAAGGUUUCAGACACUUUUAUUCCAAGAUUUUAAAAGAUUGGUUAAUUGUCUUCAUUUUUAAAUUAAACAGUGAAAUACCCUAACCAAGAACUUGACUAUGAUUCCCAUCCCUGCAAUGAAGACAUGUGAAAAUGAGCUCAUAGCUCACUGUGGUUUACAUGUGUUUUGGGACAAAAGCAUGGUAGCAGUAAAGUCAGGGAAGUUUGAGAAGCACAGAAAAGUUUAUUUAUUUAAGAAAAAAGAAAAAAAAAAAGGAUAACCAUACCUAUGUAAAAUUCCAUACAGCUCCUGCAUGCACUCCUGGGAACCUGCACGGGGGUGGAUCUUACAGUGCUCUCAGGGUUAGAUCCCAAACUUGGGCCAGGGUUACAUUCUCACUUCUUGUGUCCAGUGCUUUUGUAAAUAUAUUUAUUCUUCAUCUUUGGCUAAUGGUUGGCCACUCCACUACACACAAAAGAACUCAAGGGUUUGUGCUGAGUUUCUUUGAGGCCUGUGGCUGCACUUUGGCAGGUCUUUGAGUCAGUUCUUCCCUGUGUUCUGCCACCAAAAAUUAAGCACAUUCCAGUCACCAUUAGAAGGGAAGUACCUGUCUCCUGUCCUCUAGUUGUAGGAAAUGUCACUGUCCUCUAUUGUCCAUGCAGCAGUUAUUUCCAGUAUAUAAUCCGUGGUGUGGCUACUGACUAUUCCUCACACUGAGCAUGUAAAUAUUUGUAUUUCUUAGUCCAGUCCUGAGCAAAUCCAGUGAGAAAAGAGCCAGAGAGAGAGAAGAGAGCCUUGUGACAUCUACCAUUAAAGGAAGGAGUCAGUGUUUGACACCCAGGACAUGCAUUCAGGUGCCAGCUUUGCCUUGCUAAGUGCUGCCAAGUCAGUGGUCCAUCCACCUUCCCGGUGUUCCUGCUUCCUCUUGGACCAUUCAUUCAUGCCCAGAUGUGCAGCAACUUAAUGAUGGGUUGAUGAAGACCUAUAAAUGUUCAUCUCCUUUUUUUUUUCCUCUCUACUCCCCAUGCCAGGUAAAUAAUCUCCAGUUUUAUCCCGAUUUUUCAGGAAGCAGACGGAGGAUAAACUUUGUUGUUCAAGAGAAAUCAUCCAAGCUUGUUUUGAGUGUGAUUUGCAAUUCAGGGAUCUUUAAAACUUCUCUUUACUUGUGUCUGUCCUUGAGCUGACAGGGUAAUUUUAUUUUUCUCACUGAAACUUGCAGAAUCUCAUUUACCUGUCUCUCUUUGGAUGCAGUUUAGAGGUGAUUGCCAUAAUACUGGAUAUGCAUCAUGCCUGCAAACCAUCACUGGCCUGAGCCUACCAACAGUUGUGUGUACCUUUGCUUACAAGAAUUAUCUCAAAAGGAGAAAUGGUCUUACAGCAAAGAGGAGGAGGGAUGCCCAUAUGCUCUGUAUGGGUGCCCUUGAGGCUGCCACGUGGGCACAAGCCUGCAAACCUUAUUCUUGCUGUGUUGCAAUUCCCCCCGGCAAGCACUUGAGUUCUGUGAGAAUCUGACCCUGACUGAGGAAUCUAGGGCAAUAUCAUUAGUUACAGUUGAUAAUACUGAAAACUGAUUUAAUUAUUGAUUGGGCAAUUAAUUGAUUUAAUUGCCUGUGAUCACAGUGACUUUGCCCUGCACAGUUUUCAGACAGACGACUACACAUCAGCUUCAGCACCUGUGUGUUUUCUGCUGUGUUUGGUGGCACCAUGUUUGCAGCUGCACCUGCCUCACCCAACUUGGGGACAGAGCCAAAAGGAGCAGGGUUGGGCACCAUGGCCUGGGUUGGCAGCCAUGAAUGCAGGUCAAGAGAGCUGUCAGAAACAUGUGCACACACCUUUGAAUCACAGCUCCCUGGUGUUACAGGUUCAUGGAUACCAGCCACUAGAACAGGUUCUGACCCGGGUAUCCAGAGGUCUUUUCCAACAUGAAGUAUUCUACAGUUCUGUGAUUCUAUCUGCUGGAUUCAGCUAGGUCCAUGUUAGCAACUUCAGUUUGAUCAAAAAGUAUCUUCUUGGUCAGCUCUUGUGGCCUAAAGGCUUCAGCUCCUUUAGCUGCUCCUAGUGCUGAGCUGCUCAUGCUAAACGAGACAACUCGGAGAGAAGACUACAUUUCAUCCAAUUACUUCUAGAACACUGAUUGGGUGAGUGUGUGAAAACAUGAGUGUAACCUCUUCUCUGCCCUUCAUGCCUCUCAGGGGUUUGAAGCAGGAAAGAACUUUCCAAAAGGGUGGAUUGAUGCAGCAUGCUACUUCUCCCAGACCUUGCUAUUUCCAGUCUCUGCACUUGACUAGUUUUGUCCCUCUUUCUGUGCCCUUUGCUCCCCCUGUGCUCAGUGGCUGCUAAUCCAGACUAUAAUUGGCAUGGAUAAAAUGGCUGAGACCCUCAUUUCUCUGUCCUUUGAGCUGCCUGGUCACAUCUGGACACUCUAUAUGGAAAGGGAGGCCCCACCUCCGUUCCUUGCAAACCUCCAGGAGCCCAGGGCUGCCAUCUGAAGUCAGUGCACUGAGGGCUCCCAGAUGCCUCAGGCUGGUGUGACACCCCUGCAAAUGGGAGGGAAUAGUGGCAGGAGGUUGUUUUGAAAGGUUCAUUUGCUGCUGCAUGCUGUGUGUGUCCAGCCCUGCCCCAGGCUUAGGGAUCAAAUUCAAGCACUGCUGCCUCUCCCUCUGGAGUCGGUGAGAAUUCGGUUGUUGCUUUCAAUGACGGCUGAAGUGGCUGCUGAAGCAGGAGGUGCUGACAGUGCCCUGGGCUGGAGGUGUCCCUGGCUGCCUGGGUGGGCAGGAGCUGCCCCUUUUUCUCACUCUGCCUCACACAAAGCUGUGCCAGUCACAGAUGGACCAGCACAGCAAACAGGCAGCCUGUGAGUCUCCUCCACCUUGUCUCUUGAGAGUUUUGACCUUUGAGCUUAAGCUGUACAAAGGCAGCUGCUUUUGGUCCCUCUGUGUAUCCCCACAUUAAUCGAUGCUGCUAAAUCUGUCUGUGGCACAGCAAGGGGAAAGGCCUGAGCCCUGCAGGAGCUGCCUGAGCCACCCAGCCAGCAGGAAGGGAGCUGCUCCUCACGGGAGCCAGGAGCAAAGGGCCACAGCACCUGGUGCUGGGGCAGAGCCCAGAUCCUGGGGGAACGUUAGCAGAGCUGUCCUUGUGCACUGCAGCUGCUGUGCCUGCAAACACAUGGUCCGAGAUCUGCAAAAGAAUUCUGCAACUCUUGACUGGAUCAGGAUGUCACCAGUGCUAAACUCUAGUUUAGUCCAAAGCAACCAGUUUACACCUAUGCUGGUGUGUGCUAGAUUUUUUUCUUCAGGGUAUCCAGACAAAAGUAAACAGAGGAGGAGCCUACAUUUUCAUUGUUUAUCAGAAAUGUAUCUCAUUUUGCUGUACAUUCCUUUUUUAGGACGUGUUAUCUGUUUAAAAAAAAAAAAAGAAAAAAGAAAAGAAAAAACAGAAAAAAUAUGAAAGAGAAAAACAAAAAACAAAUGUGUAGUGAAAAAAUCUUCUGUAACUUUGGAUUAAGAGGUAACUGAUCUUUUUAAAAAGAGAACUAAGUUAUUUACUUUGUAAAUGUGCUGAUGGCAUGGAUCCAUCUUAUUGACCUCAGCAUCCUUUUUUUAAAGAUUUUGGGUUUUGUUUCCAAUAUUAAGUUAUUUUAAAUUGUGGUUGAAGCAAUAGGAAAUUGAAAUAUGGAUUGUGCAUGACUGUGUCUUGAGUGUAAAAAUAUUGCAGUUUGAAACUUGGACCUAAAGUAUUGCAAAUAAAAGUUAUAAAUUCCAA